GGGCGGCGCGGGGGGAGUGGCCGGGGGAGGCCGGCGGGGAGCCGGGGCUGCCAUGGGGCGCCGAGCAGCCUGACCGCCCCGGGCGCUGCCUUCCUCCUCCUCCACCUCCUCCUCCUCCUCCUCCUCCUUCUCCUCCUCCUCCUCCCGCCGCCGCCGCUCCUCCUGCCGCCGCCCGCCCCGGCCGGCUCCGCUCGCCAUGGGCGAUGUGGUCUCCACGCACCUGGACGAGGGUCGCCGCCAGCACAUCGCGGAGAAGACGGGGAAGGUGCUGGGGGAGUUCUGCCGGUGCUACAAGGAGCAGUACGGCGUGGCGCUCUUCAACAGCGUCCGCUACGAGAUCGAAGGCAAUGGAGGGCCGCAGGCUCAGCUGCUCCAUCGCAAGGUCCCAUUGGAGGACCAUGUCAUCUACUCGGGCAACCUCUUCCAGUACAUCGAGGAGAACAAGAAGUGGAGGAACCGCUUCUGCGUGGUCCCGCACAACUACGGCUUGGUCCUCUAUGAGAACAAACUGGCCUAUGAGCGGGAGCUGCCGCCUCGUGUGCUAAUCAACAGCGCUGGCUACAAGGUCCUCACCUCUGUGGACCAGUACCUGGAGCUGGUGAACAGCAGCCUGCCUGGCGUGACGCCCAAAUCGGGGCACUCCCCCAUCCUGAAGUGCCCCACGGAUUUCCCCCUCAUCCUCUGGCACCCCUACGCCCGGCACUAUUACUUCUGCGUGAUGACGGGCAAGGAGCAGGAGAAGUGGCGGGCGGUUUUCCAGGACUGCGUACGGCACUGCAACAACGGGAUCUCCGAGGAUUCCAAAGUGGAGGCUCCAGCCUUCACGGACGCCAUCCGCAUGUACCGCCAGUCCAAGGAGCAGUACGGCACCUGGGACAUGCUCUGUGGCAAUGAAACCCAGGUCCUGAGCAACCUGGUGAUGGAGGAGCUGCUCCCCGAGCUGAGGACCACCAUCGGCCCCCGCCUGAAGGGCAAGGCUCAGGAGCGCCAGCGGACCUGGAUCCAGAUCUCAGAUGCCGUCUAUAGGAUGGUCUAUGAGCAGACCAAGGCCCAGUAUGAUGCAGUGGUGGCCAAGUGUGAACAGGAGCGGCCCCAGAUGGAAAGCACCAUCCGCACGGACAUGGACCAGAUCAUCACUUCAAAGGAGCACUUGGCCAGCAAGAUCCGAGCUUUCGUCCUCCCCAAAGCGGAGAUCUGCGUCCGUAACCACGUCCAGCCCUACAUCUCCUCCAUCCUGGAAGCCCUCAUGACCCCUACCAGCCAGGGCUUUGCUGAGGUGCGGGAGGUGUUCUUCAAGGAGGUGACUGACAUGAACAUGAACAUCGUCAACGAAGGUGGCCUGGAGAAGCUGGUGGAGUACAUGGAGAAGCUUUCCCACCUGGCCUUCCACCCCGUCAAGAUGCAGUCGUGUUAUGAGAAGAUGGACCAGCUGAAAUUGGAGGGCCUUCAGCAGCGGUUUGAUGUCUCCAGCACCUCCGUCUUCAAGCAGAGGGCCCAGAUCCACAUGAGACAGCAAAUGGACGACGCCGUGUACACGUUCGAGACGCUGCUCCACCAGGAGCUGGGGAAGCUGCAGGGCAAAGAAGACUUGUGCAAGUCCAUCCAGCGCAUCCUCGAGAGGGUGCUCAAGAAAUACGACUACGACAGCAGCACUGUGCGGAAGAAAUUCUUCAGGGAGGCCCUGCUGCAGAUCACCAUCCCCUUCCUGCUGAAAAAGCUGGCGCCGACCUGCAAGGGGGAACUUGCCAAGUUUCAGGAGCUGAUCUUCGAGGACUUUGCCAGCUACAUCCUGGUGGAGAACACUUACGAGGAGGUCGUGCUACAGUCGGUGAUGAAAGACAUCAUGCAAGCUGUGAAGGAGGCAGCCGUGCAGCGGAAGCACAACCUGUACCGCGACAGCAUGGUCCUGCACAACAGCGAUCCCAACCUGCACCUGCUGGGCGAGGGCAUCCCCAUCGACUGGGGCGAGGAGUACAGCGGGCAGCCCGAGGCCGAGUCGGCCGCCGACAAGCGCCGCAGGGCCAAGCAAGUGGUGUCGGUGAUCCAAGACGACGAGGGGGUCCUGUCCUACGAGGUGGGAGCCGAGGAGCUGCUGCAGCCCGGCUCCCCGGAGCCACGGGAGCCGAAGGAGCCGGAGGAACCGGACCCUGCGGCACCACCGAGCUCCCCAGAUGGGGUGCAGGAGAUCCAGGAGGCGCUGGCCAAGGAGAGCCUCGGGGAUGGCGUGGAGGCGGAGGAGCGGCUGACGAACGGGACCGACGCCACGCGGGAGAGCGGUGCCACCGAAGAGGUGGCGGUGGUGGCAGGGUCUGUCCCAGGUGAUGUUCCCACCCAGGGUCUGGCCAGCGAGGGAGACGGGGUGCACCGCGCUGCGACGGCAUCGCCUGCACCUGGAGCUGAAGUCCCAGCAGGGACUGGCGUGCAAAAUGCCGCACCAGCAUCACCUGUCCCUGGCGCUGAGGUCUCAUCAGGGGCUGGGGUGCAACAUGCCACACCAGCAUCACCCAUACCAGCAUCACCUGUCCCCGGAGCCGAUGUCCCAUCAGGGGCUGGGGCGCAAUAUGCCACACCGGCAUCACCCGUGCCACCAUCACCCAUGCCCAGAGCCGAUGUCCCAUCAAGGGCCAGCAUGCAACACACCGCACCGCCAUCACCCAAACCCAGAGCCGAUGUCCCAUCAGAGGCCGCGGUGCCCCAUGCCACACCAGCAGCAUCACCUGCACCCGGAGCCGAGACCCCAUCGCCGUCCGCCGGGAUGGCUUGCCACCAGCCCAAUGACAAGGAGACAGGCGAGGAGGUGACCUCCCCGGGUGGCCGGUGCAGCCCCCUGCAGCCCACGAGCACGACAGAGAGCGGUGAGGGGGUGCAGACUGAGUUCUAGCCUCGGGCCCCCCCCCACCAUGGACUGGCCCCGGUGACACUGGGGGUUGGGGUAGGGGGAAUAGGACCCGCUGCACUGCCGGGGAUGGAGAGCGGUGCCGCGGGAGAGGGAGGGGAUGGGAGACACCGAGACCUUAUUGCCUAGCUGGGGGGGGGGGGGUCCCCGCCGCUGCGUGAGGCUGGCCACAGCUAAGUGGUCCUACUGGGUCGGACUGGGGGAGGCCCCUGGCCCGGCACGGGACACCCCCUGCACUCUGCUCUGUCCUUCUUCUGCCUUAUUUUCUUCUUUUCUACUGAAGAGAUGCUUUGUCUGCCCCCCCCCCAGCACAAGUGCCUGGGGCUGCCGGGGGGGGCUGGCACUAGUCCUGCUGUGGACGGGUGUGCGGGGUGCUCCUGGCUGCCCCCGGGGUUGUCCCCUGGAAGGGGAUGGCCGGGGGUGGGGUGGGGGGGACAGGGAGUGUCCUGGGAGCCUGCCUACCGCCAUCCCACCCAGCCGGCUCCGGGAGCGCCAGUGGGAGCGGGGACCACGGGGGAAUGAUGGAAAAACGUGAUGGCAGCCAGGGCAUGGCCGGGAUACAGCAACGCUGGGUGGCUUGAACCGCUGCCAGCGGGGCAAGAGCUGGGGCAGGAUGGGCUCCUGGCACCCAGGGUGGGCUCAUGGCACCCAGAGUGGGCUCCUGGCACCCAGAGUGGGCUCCUGGCACCUAGGCUGGGCUCCCGGCACCCAGCACCCACCCUCACCCCAGGGUCUAUUUAAAUUCGGAGUAAAAACUUAGCGGGGCGCUCACACAAUGUCUCCAGCUCUGCCCGGCAGGACUGGGCUGGCUCCGGCUCGCCGUGCGCGGGAGGGGGGGGGUCCCAACUCUUGCCCCCUACCCACCCCCCCCCAGCACCGUGAGUUCUCCAGCUCUCAGCUUUCGCAGGUUUUGUCACCUGCGGUGACAGCCGAGCAAAGAGCUGGUGCCUUCUCAGCCAUGGGGAGGGGGACGGGAAUGGUGCAGGCCGCCCCCCCCCCCCCAAGAGAUGCUCAA